CAGUUUACCAAACUUAUUGCUACACGAAUAUUGAAUGAAAGCUUGUGUUUUCAAUGUUAAACACAAAAACUACAGUCUAUGACAUUAUAUUUUGUGUCGACAAAUAAAAAAACUCUAUACCGAAUGAACAAACAAUAACGAUAUAUACUUAAAACAGUAAACACAUUUUCAAAUGCCAAACGUGAACCGUUUAACCUAGAACUUUCUGUUUGAGACCGAAUGUACAUAAUAUAUUUUCUUUGUACUGCGGAGUUAACACAAAAUAUUUUUUUUGCCGGUAAAAUUUUUCAUAACGUGUCCAUUAUGAAUAUGUUAUUUUUAUUGACCAUGAUCAUUGCACUAGCAUCGUACUCGCACCAGUUUUUGCCGGACGAAAAAGAUAAUCAACAACUUAUCGACAAACUAAAUGCACUUCUUAUAAAUUCCGGAUGGGGUCGGCUCAAUCACCUGGAAGUCAAAUAUCACGACGAUACACAAGGUCAGUCUUCUUUUUCAGGAAUAGAUCUACUCAUAGUCCGUGAAGAACCCGAUCAAUGUAGUGUCACCAAAAAAAAUGUGGGAAAAAAAUACUACAUGACCGUUACGCUGUUGGGAUGUGUGUAUGCAAAUGCUAUGCAUAAGUUCGUACAGUUGAUAAGACCUAUUAUAGUGAAAUGCAAUAUCGAGGUACGUCUUGCGAAUCAAAGAGCAAAUAACCAAAGACGUACCAACAUGCUAUCGUGUGAUUCAGCUAGCGCAAUUAUGAUUCGAGAUAUAAAUACUACACCUCACAAGUAUGUAUACCGCGAGGACGCCGAUGACAAUAUUACCACAUUUCAUAAAAAUCUAAAAAAAAGUUUAAAUAGACAAGUAAGAGGGGUUUUGUCACCUAUAAUGAGGGAAUACUGUAUAAUACCAAAAGAAUCUUAUGACAUUGAUCUUAAUCAAAUUCCUUCAACUGAUGCUAAUACAAUAGAAAAUGAAACAACCGGCCAGCCCCUCGAGGCAAGUAGCAGCAUUGAGGAUGUGGUCAAAUUGGAGAUCGAAAAACACGUGGAAGAGGUCAUAAACAAAUACUUUUUGGAUUUAGGAUUUCACUACGUUGAUAUUCCGAAUUAA